UAUUUAUUGAUCUUAUACAUGCAGGGCUACCUCGAUCCAGAAUAUUUUCUAACUCACAAGUUGACAGAUAAAAGUGAUGUUUAUAGCCUCGGAGUUGUACUCCUGGAGCUCUUGACGGGUAUGCAACCAAUAUCACAUGGAAAAAACAUAGUUCGCGAGGUGAAUGUAGCUCGUGAAUCGGGCUUGAUGUUCUCCAUCAUAGACAAUAGAAUGGGUUCUUACCCAUCUGAAUGCAUCGAAAGGUUUGUAGCUUUGGCCCUCACUUGUUGCCAUGACAAGACAGAACAACGGCCAUCCAUGUCAGAUGUAGUGAGGGAGCUAGAAACCAUACUGAAGAUGAUGCCAGAAACUGAUGCCACAUUUUCUGAAUCCACCUCCAUGCAUUCUGGCAGCAAAUCAACAUCAGCACCAGCUUCUUCAUCGUUCAUGACGAGGGAUCAAUAUUUUUCAUCUUAUGUAUCAGGCAGUGACCUUGUGAGUGAUGUCAUUCCCAUCAUCCCACCUCGUUAACACCCUGCAAAGGAGUUUUAAUAUGGUUUCAUGUGCAGUAGUAGUUAUAGUAUGAGGAAUACGUAACAUGGAUAUUGUCCAUUAAAAUUCCAUCCUGUGAAUGAAAUAGUUAUACAUAUUAGUGAAACAGUGUACAUUCAUUAGAGUUUUUUGCAGGCUUAGUUAUGUUUCUUGAGUACUGAACUCUACACAAGAGUUAAAUGAACUUCGAAGGAAUGAAUCAUACUAAAUUUCUUAGACCAUAUUGUAGUGUAUAUUUUUUAUUUGAAUGAU